AUCUGGUUCGAGCUGAAUUGAUCGCACGUGACUCGUUUCGAGUCAGGUGAUAUAUAUUGUGCUGCUGAGCGAAACUGGUUGCAUAGAUCUACAAGGAAGCAACAUGGACGGACUGUUGUUGUGCACGUUGUUGACUGUGACACUAGCGGCAGGUGCCCGAUACGACCCAACAUGGGAGUCACUGGACACGAGGCCCCUCCCGGCCUGGUACGACGAGGCCAAGUUUGGCAUCUUUCUUCACUGGGGGGUGUUCUCUGUUCCAAGCUUCGCAGGUGCUUGGUUUCAGGAGUAUUGGCGAGAAAACAGAACGGACGUUGUGGAGUUUAUGAAGAAUAACUACAGGCCAGGUUUUACCUAUGCUGACUUUGCCCCACAAUUUACAGCUGAAUUCUACAACCCCGACGAAUGGGCGGAGAUAUUCAACGCCUCGGGGGCAAGAUAUGUUGUUCUGACAACGAAGCACCAUGAAGGAUUCUGCAACUGGCCAACCAAAUACUCGUUCAACUGGAAUGCCAUGGACGUUGGCCCUCACAGGGACGUUGUGGGUGACCUGGCCAACUCGAUCAGGAAGAAGACGACCAUCAAGUUUGGUCUCUACCACUCGCUGUUCGAGUUUGUCAACCCAUUGUUUCUUCAAGAUCAGAAGAACGAAUUCAGAACUCAAGACUUCGUCAGGAUCAAGACAAUGCCUGAGCUGUAUGAGCUGGUGAACAUGUACAAGCCUGAACUUCUUUGGUCAGAUGGUGAUUGGAUGGCACCGUCUUCCUACUGGAACUCUACAGAGUUCAUAGCCUGGCUGUACAACAACAGUCCCGUGAAAGACUCUGUGGUGGUCAACGACCGAUGGGGAAAGGAUGCUUGGUGCAAACACGGAGAUUACUACACCUGUAGAGACAGGUACAACCCAGGUGUCCUGGCAAAACACAAGUUUGAGGAUGCUACCACUAUUGACAAGGUGGCAUGGACAUUUAGACGUAACGCCAAGCUGAGUGACUUCAACACCAUAGAAGAACUUCUUGAACAGCUUGUAUCUGUUGUCAGCAUCGGUGGCAACUUCCUGCUGAAUGCUGGCCCCACCUCUGACGGUAUGAUCGGUCCGAUAUUUGAGGAGAGGUUGCGGCAGAUGGGACAAUGGCUGAAGGUUAAUGGCGACGCCAUCUAUGGGACUCGACCCUGGACUACCCAGAAUGACACAGCGACACCUGGUGUCUGGUACACGUCCAAGAAGUCUUCAACCGGUAUUUCCGUGUACGCCAUCGUCCUCAGCUGGCCCGUCGGAUAUAAACUGGAGCUAGCUGCCCCACAGCCGGGACCCGCCACCACAGUGACGUUGCUAGGAUACCCAGGAAACUUUGGAUUCAAAGCUGGCGCCACAAAAGGAAUGACAGUCAUGGUCCCAGCAAUUUCAGACGAUCGUAUGCCUUGCAAGUGGGCCUGGGUUUUCAGACUUGAUAAUCUAAAAAACCAGUAGUAUUGUACCGUACUUGAUUUUUUAUCAAUUGGUCCCCAGAAUAUCGAAUAAUCGGCCCCUAAGGCUUGUCUAAGUCAUAUGUUUGGUUAUGACAUUAUUUCCGAACCAUUGCCAAAUUUUCAUCUCUUGGACUCGCUGAUACUGACAAUUUGCAAUGGGCCAGGGAUGUCAGAUUUGAUCCAAAAAACCCAACAGAAUACUUUUUAUGUAAUUUGAAUCAUUUGGUAUGUUGUAAUUAGUGUUUUGCAGUAAAAGAUGUAUGUCUUUAUGUUUUUUAAUUCCUAAUGUUCUUCCAGAAUUGUAUAAUGUUUCAACUUUAUAUUAUCUUGUUUUGUAUAUAUUAGCUGCAUUGGCAUUUACUUCAAAGUCGUCAUAUAUAAAUGAUUUGUGCAUA